GUUAGUGUGAAGUGAAAUAAAGCUACGCAGAUGUCAUGAAGGGAAGAAAUACUUUGGAGCUGGGCUAACUUCAGAAGUUCCUUGAUUAAAAUAAGCCACUUUAAAGGCCCCAAACCACUAACCUCAUGGUUUUACAGAGGUCUUUAAUGUGAAAUGGGCCUGAGUCACUCUAAGUCUCACCCAAGGGUGACCAAGGUAGUACCUUUGCAAAACAAAGAGGAAGAGACUCCCUUGGGUGGCCCUGUGGAUUUUGCAUUCACUCAGAAUCUGGAAGAAAACAGUUUAUACUCAUUUGCAAGACUGCAGGACCGGAAUAAAGCUUUAGAAGGGCAGUUGCCACCUCUACGAGAGACCUGGUAUGGAAGAUAUUCUGAAGGGCCAAGGGCCAUGUAUUUUGACUUCCCACUGGAACAGCAAGAAACAAGUAUUAUUAAAAGGCAUCCACCCCGAAGACUUCAAAAACUUGAACCCAUUGACCUGCCACAAGUAAUUACUUCUGAAAGGCUCCUGAACCAGCAAGAAGCCAGGAGGACUCACAAAGCAAAGCAGGAACUGGAAAAGAAGAUGCAGACUCUAAUGUAUCCUUCUGGGAAAAGACAAUAUUUACAUAAGAUGCAAAUGCUGGAAAUGAACCGGAAAAGACAAGAGGCCCAAGUUGAACUGAAGGAAAGUCUUCACAAGGAGGCAAGAACUAAUAAGCAGAAACAGAGGGACCAUAAAGCCAAGAAAAUCCUUCAAAGCAUCCCAAGAAAUGAUGGUGGUGACUUUCUAACCUUGUUGCCUGAUGAAACCUUGAACAGAAGUCUAGGAAGUACACAGAAUGCGGAAUUUCUGGAACAUCAAGCAAGGAAUGACCACUGUCCCAGGAAAAUUGGCAAAAUGGAAAUAUGGCUCCGUGAACAGGAGGCCCAUGGAGAGCUUCUCUGGGACAGCUCCAGCUCUGACUCAGAUGAGUCGGGGAAAGUAGAGAAAAAAAAAAGAGCACUGGUGAGGACCAGGACAGAAAGAAUCCAACAUUUUGAUGAGUUUUUUGAUUAAGAAUAAUAAUAGUUAAUACUAUUCACUAAUCUAGUUACUGAAUGUAUUGGAAGCUUUCUUUCCUUUAAAAAUUCCUCAAGGUAGUAUAUGAACUAUUCUGAGGACACCAAUUCACUUUCUUUUCAUUUGAAAUCCUAAGAUUAAAGGUGUGAGAUAUAUUGUUAGUGUAUUAGUACCAUAUAACCCACUGCCUCAAAACUUAGGGACUUAACUAGCAGCCACGUAUUGUCCCACUUUUCUGUGGGUUGCUGGGCUCGGUUGGGUGGUUCUACUGUUGGUCUCCUUUGAAGCCUUUCACACCAUGGAAGCUGGAUGGCAGGUAGGACUGGAGUCAUCUGGAAACUCAAGAAGGACACUGACACAGCUGGAGUUCGCCCCCACUCUGUAUCAUCCCAGAGCCUCUUUACAUGGAUUUCCCGAGUGCCCUUAAAAGGGUAGUGAAUUUGCUCUUAUGUCAGCCCAGGGCUCCCAAAAGCAGAUGUUCCCAGAGGAGGGAGAGAAAGCUACCACUCUUAACUCUAAUCCAAUCAUGAACCCCACACUCUGUUGACUACUAUAAGUCAUAGACCAGGUCACAGGCAACGAAAAAGGGGCUAUGCAGAGCAGCAAUUUCAAAGUCUAUUGGGGUCUACCUACUGGGGUCUUUCAGGUCUAUUGGGGUACACCUUUUAGACAUGGCACUCCACCAUAUCUUUAAAAGCAAAUCAUAUCUUCUAAAACAAACAGAUGACAGAGUAGAUUUAAUAGAAAUAAAAAUGACUUUCUAAAGAAAAUCACAGGAUGCUGCAUUAGACACUAGCUCAUUUAAGUCACUUUCUUUUGAGUUAUAAACUUUUUAUCUCAGAACAAAGAGGCUAUAGGAAAAAUGUAAAGUUAUGAAAUUAGAUGCUUGCUCCUUGGAAAGAAAAGCUAUGACAAACUGAGACAGCAUAUUAAAAA